CAAGAGAACAGAACUACAUUCAUUUGCAGAAAAUCAAUAUCAGGGCUUAUCUGACAUCCCUGCAGCGCUAGGGGGGCCAAGGUCCUUCCAAAUUCUUUGCAAAAUAGUCCUGCUCCGGGAUUGGCCGCUGGGUUUCCGUGCUGUUCUGUGGCAGGCGCCUAAAAUCUGUGGAUCUCUGUUGUAUCUGGAGUUUUCUUACCUGUCUGCUGUUCAUCUACAUUAUACCUUUCUGAACUGGUUCAGUUAAAAUGUGCACAGGGAAGUGCUCAAGAUUCAUUGGGGUGCUCCUCUUCCCCCUCGGCAUAUGCGCCAUCAUUGCCAAUCUGCUCCUGUACUUUCCCAAUGCUCAGAUUCUACAGGUGGAGCAGAUAACUGAUUUUGUCUGGUUCUUCAAUGGUAUCAUCGGAGCUGGACUACUGGCUUUCCUGCCCGCAUUCAUGAUGUUGGGGGCUGGAGGCGAAGGAUGCUGUGCAAACAGAUGUGGGAUGUUGUUAUCGGUGGUACUGUCGGCACUGGGUGCUGCCGGGGGAGUGUAUUGUGUCAUUAUCUCAGCAAUGGGCUUGAUACACGGACCUCUGUGUGACACUGGAAGUGGCAAUUAUGAAUAUCCCUUCAGGAAUAGCACUGAAGAGGAGAACUAUUUGUUUAACCCAGAGAUCUGGAACACGUGCAGGGAACCUGAAAACAUUGUGCUCUGGAACGUCGUCUUGUUCUCUAUCCUUCUGGGCAUUGGCGCCAUUCAAGCUGUUCUGUGCCUCAUUCAAGUCAUCAAUGGGCUUUUUGGAUUUUUGUGCGGCACAUGCAUGAGGAAGAGAAAGACGGGCGUUGCCUGAUCGCUGUGACACCAGGCAGAACACGAAGCUGCAAAUAACUGCGUAUUUGUAUUUAAGGGACACUCGGGGAACUAACGUUAUUUUAAAAAGUGUUAAUAUAUACAUUUAUAUACAUGUAAUUGUAGAAAACUUGGAAAUCCCUUUCUCUAUGAUAUUAAAACGAGAGCCAUCCUCACUUGUGUGAGAUAAAAUGUAGCUGCGUGGCAACUGGCGCCACUUUAAGGGCAUCAUAACAGGAUUCUGUGUGAUCCAAAGGGAUUGCAAAUAUAUGAUCAGGGCAAAAAUGGCUUUUGCCCUGGGCCCCCAGUAUCUUUUUCCUUGACUCUUUGCAUCAGGGACCCUGCCCUUAACUCCAGCAAGAUGUCAACAUGUGUUCAAAAUUAUACCGGUGCAGUAACUUAUAGCAACCAGCCAACCAACCAGAUAAUUAUUAAUAAUUAGGACUCAUUUAUCAGCACUGGGCACAUUUGCCUGUGGGCAGUAACCCAUAGCAACCAGUGAUUGUUUUUUUUUCAGCCAGCUGCAGGUAGAACAACAAAUUCAACAAUUUGAUUGGUAGUUAUGGGUUACUGCCCACAGCCAAAUUUGCCCAGUGUUGAUAAAUGAGCCCCAACUAGUUAACGUUUGUUGUUCUGCCUCUACUGUACUAAACAAAGCUAACUGCUGUGAGUGGUCUCUGUGGGUUACAAUAUUGAAGUGGUAUGCAUUGAAGAAAAUCUAAGAGCUAUAGAAACUAUGACCCUAUGGAGGUGAGUUUGGGCACAGAGAAGCCAAAAAAGGGUUAAGUUGGGGUGGCAAAUGCCCCACUUAUACAGGGCCCUGGGCAGCUCCAUGGGCUCUUUAUGAAAGCCUUGUACUGAGCUACAAUGGGUAAAUUCUUAUGAUGAGAAGAUAAAAUUGUGCUUUUGUGCUAAUUCCCUCAUAAUUACUUUGAAUAAACUAUUUUCCAUGUUAA